UGAUCGAACUCUCGGCUCCAGGAAAUUAAAACUACUUUUUAUGCUUCUAUUACCGUAAUUAGUGACACAAAUAUGUAUUUGAGUUAGAGCACACUUUAAUCUAUAUUGACGAGUGUUCAUGUAUUGAAGACUUGUACCAUGUUUGCACUGCUAUUAUUCUCGUUUUUUUAGCUGGUAUUCAAAGGCGAUAGGCAGAGAAUCCUCUCAAGGCAUUUCACGGUUUUUUUGAAGUGAAGAGCUGAAAAAACAUACUUAUCGAUGCCGGAUCUUUUAAGGCACGACAAGGCAAGACAAGACAAGAAAGACAGAGGAGCUUUACAUCAGGGACACUUCAGUUUUGGAUCUUGGUGUUUUUCUUCUGGCAUAAAGAAAAAAUCGGCAGGUCUUCACAAAAUGUACGCAAGUAACACAAUCAUCUUGUCAUGAAAGGUUAGCUCUAGCACUGUGCUAAAAGGAAUAACGCAUUCAACAGCUGAGCGUGACUUAACAGAAUUCACUUAACACCUUGGUUGUAUUACACUUGUGUAACGCAUUUUACAAACGACAAACGAGCGUAAUUUCGUUCUGUUACUCUGAGUAACGCAUUCCACGACCAAGCUUUUGUUACGCUCUAUUUCGGAUUCUUUCAUCGAGUGUGACUUAACAGGAUUUGAUAAGAAACAACUUCUUUGUGUUAUUGUGAGUAACGCAUUUCUCAACCAGGCGUGACUUGAUCCAUGGAUUUUGCUAUGAAUACAUCGGUUGCGUUACACUGUGAGUCCUGGUCACUGAUCGAUGACGUAGGCAAGAUUGAUGACUUCGUCAUUACCAUCGUCAUCACGUGCAUCAUCAAUGGACUAUUCAUUCUACCCGCGUUAAUACUCAACGGUAUUAUAAUUAUCGCGAUCAUCAAGACUCCGUCACUACGCAACCCGUCAAACUGGUUGCUCAGCAACCUAAUAUUUACUGACUUCUUAAUGGGCUUUCUCGGGCAACCGCUGUACAUAGUGAUUAACAUCUGGAGGGUACAAGGGGUGUUGUAUGAACAUUGUCCCACGGGAAUUGCUGAACGCAUUUUCACCAACAUUCUCCCACUUUCACUCAUGUUGACUCUCUCCGUUUCAAGCCUCGAUCGAUACCUCGCUAUACGUCUAAUGCUGCAGUACCGCACGACUAUGACGUCAUUCCGUGCCAUAAUCAUAAUAGUUACGCUCUGGGUGUUUGCUAUGUUGUGCGGUUUAUCACUAUUUUUCAUGGGACAGAAAGGUUUUGUGAUAUUACUAGCUAUUAUUUUUAUGAUUUGUUUGCUGGUUACCUUCGUUGCGUAUUUCAAAGCUUUCCAUGGGUUACGAAAGCACCAAACGCAGGUCAGUUCCCCUGACAAUGUCUCCACUGUCUGCAUCAAUGUCAAGAAAUACCAUCGAUCGUUCACUACGAUGCUCUGUGUAUUUCUACUCCAACUUCUAUUCUACACACCAGACAUCUGUGCAAAGUUUUUCUCUGUCGACCAAACUACGCCUAAAUCUUCUUUGAUUGCAACUUUGGUUUCUGAUACCAUAAUGUAUGCUAACGCGACUUUGAAUCCCCUGUUUUUCCUUUGGAGAAUGCGUGACGUGCGUCGAGCUUGUAAAAACUUGUAUAAAAAAAUAUUCAGAAAAUGAAGUAAGGUUUGAUUGUAACCUUGGUUUCUGAAAAUAUUCAGAAUAUGAAAUAAGGUUAUUAACAUUGGAAAAUGUGUGAUCUACGUCCAAGCUUGCAAAAACCUUUAUAAGAAAAUACUGAGAAAAUGGAGCAAGAUUAUAUACAUUGCACAAGAAUGGAAAGGCCAAUAUUCCAGGAGUGGAGAGUCUGUCCCAGUUUAACGAUUUCCUUGGUCUCCAGCCAAUCACAAUAAUAAUGCACGAAAGACGUGCGUAAUUUAAAAGACAGAUACAAAGAUGAGUGCAUGAGAUCAAUUCUCAUAAUGAUUGGCUCAUUCAAUAGAAAGAGUUACAAAAACUACGGUGCAUUAGUCUCCUACGCAGGUUACUCCAUAUUAUCAAAUAACUGUUAUAAACUUCGCGUUCUGAUUGGUUGGGAGCGCGUGCUUUAUGAGAGCACACAGCACACGCGCG